CCUAGCAAUUCCGUAGGCUAGCUUGAGUCCCCACCACCUCUGCGAUCUGGAACUUUCUAAUCGUCAAACCUUCGCCUCUGCUUUUGAUCUUCGAUUCCUUCCAGGAAUGUUCUUUUUCGUUUUUUUUUCUGGUUUAUUCUUGGUUUUUCCAAAACUCAGCUCCAGUGUCCCUCCUGCGGAACGCUGGGCUCCAGGACUCGCUUCUAAUGCCAGCGUAGACGUGUUCCAAGAGCAUCAGCCGACCAACUCCCUCUCGCUUGGCGUCCCGCCCUAUUCCUGCCCCUCUGGACCCAGAGGUCAAUCGGAAACCCCUGGUUAGUGGUGAGAAGAGGACCCCGGUGUUCCGGCAGUGGGCGCCCGAGGGAACUGGAAAUGGGCAGCCUAGAGGGGUGCAUCUGGGGACGUGAAUGGCUCUGAGACCCUUGCCACCUGCCUUUCCUCCCACCCAUGGCCGCGCUGGUGGUCCUCGCCACUCUGGGUCCAUUGACGCUGCCUUGAGAGCGGCUCCAAAGUAGGACUCCAGAGUCUGGAGCAGCAUGGGCACUGAGAAGGAAGAGCCCGACUGCCAGAAACAGUUCCAGGCAGCGGUCAGCGUCAUUCAGAACCUGCCUAAGAAUGAACUGGGGCUGAUGAGGUGCCCUCUGCCUCCCAACCCUCGCUCAGGCUCUUACCGCCCCUCCUAUGAAGAGAUGCUGCGAUUCUACAGCUACUACAAGCAAGCUACCAUGGGGCCCUGCUUGGUUCCCCGGCCUGGGUUCUGGGACCCCAUUGGACGUUACAAGUGGGAUGCCUGGAACAGCCUGGGCAAGAUGAGCAGGAGGGACGCCAUGUCCGCCUACAUCUCUGAGAUGAAGCUGGUUGCACAAAAGGUGAUCGACACAGUGCCCCUGGGCGAGGUGGCAGAGGAUAUGUUUGGUUAUUUCGAGCCCCUGUACCAGGUGAUCCCUGACAUGCCGAGGCCCCCAGACACCUUCCUGAGAAGGGCCACAGGUUGGAAAGAGCCAGUGCCGCAGAGAGACGAUCAGACUGCUCCAGAGCCUUCUUGCCUCCCCAAGGAGCCUGUACCUCCUCCAAGCCCAGAGUCCCCGCCACCCCGGGACUUGGAGCUGGAGGUUUUCUGUGACUCCCUGGAGCAGCUAGAGCCAGAGUUGGUGAGACCGUCUCUCUUGUCCCCUGUUCCCGCUGGGCCAGAGCCGCCCCGCCUCCCCCCUGAGACCUGGGACUCAUCUCAGCAGCCUUGGGCAGAGCAGAGGGGAGCAACCGGCAGAGAGCUGGACACCGGAAGCAGCCCUGAGCCCCCCAGUGAGAAAGAGGGGUUGGAAGGCAGCCUGAUGGGACCCCAGGAAUUGGACAGAUGGCUGGUAGGGACAGUCCGGGCCAUGCAGGAAAGCAUGAGGAAUGUCCAGAGGAGACUGCAGAGCCUGGAGAGCAAGCCCCAGCCACGGGAGCAGAGGCCGCCCAGGACUCGGCUUUGGCCCCUAGGGCUUUCGGCUCCCACGCUGCUCUUCUUGAUCCUGUGGCCCUUCGUUGUCCAGUGGCUCUUCCGACAGUUUCGGACCCAGAAGAGGUGACUAGAGGAAAGGGUCUCUCUAGCAACGCGUCCUGCUGUGCCCUGAGCCUCCCUAGGUUUAGGGAAACAGCAUUAGCAAUGCCCCUCCUAUCCUCCUUCACCCUGGCACUCCCUCCUUUAGUGGGGGCCCCAUAAGACCCUCCUUCCCCUGCAGCUCGGCCGACGCCCCGGGUCCCCAGGCUGUCGGGUUGGCUGCUGUCAUGGUGCACAUCCUAGCCUUGGGGCUGGCGGUGAGCACCCUCCGAGCCCCCCCCCCCCCCCGGGUCACCUGACUUUGCUCCCGCCGAGUCGGCUCCCUGCCGAGGCUCCGCUCUUGGGCAAGUUGGGACUUGGACCUGGCCUGAAGACUGAUUGGCUGGAAGGUUACAGGAAAGACUGGAGCCCGGAGGACCGGGGAGGAAUGGGAGGAGUGUGCAGGCUGGGGGCUGGGACGCCCCGCACACACGCACAAGUACACGUCGCGCUCAGGACUUCACUGAAGAUUCACGUGCAAUUGAACGCUUCAUUAAACAAAAGGAAACCUCA